GAUCCCCAUGAGAUCCUUUUGCAAGAUCCUGAGCCAUGGGCUAUUCCCACAGAGGACUACCUAACGGAUCUGGACUACGCGUUCGACGGCCGUCCUGGAUCCUGGGAUUAUUUCGAUGGUUCAAAAUACCGCUUUUCAGCAGCAGCCGCAGCCAUCGAGUUUCUCAGGUCUCUCCAAAAGAACAGGCGUGUUCAAAUACGAAAGAUCCUAUUACAGGAAGAUCACCAAGCUGUGUCAAACCCAGCAUGCCAUGCCCAAGGCCUAAUUCCAUUCUGCCAGGAAAACCCACUUCUUCGCGUUGAGCGCCGUGUUAAUCUAUGGAGAAAUGUCUUCUUGGGGCAUGUUUGGCAUAGCAGACAAGUUCAUGACCCCGAGGAUAUUUCGCCAGCGGACAUUGCUUGGGAUGUUACCGCCCAUGUGGCUGAGUGGAUCGUUGAAGCUUUAACUCUCAUUUCCGCGGGAAUGCCGGCAGGUUCGUUCACCAUGGUCUUGGACGGCGAGCCGGCGCCCGGCAGAUGCUCAGAGAUAUUCCAAACGAUACUUCAGCGAGACGUUGCCUGGCAGUCCGCUCUGGACGAGUGCUACGCUCGGGAACUUCUACCGACUCCAUCUUCCUACCAAAGGAGGAGCAACACGUGCUACACCUUCGAGGACUUCCCGCAAGCGGUCCGGGAUAUUGUCAAUAACACUUCCUUGGUUCGCUGCAACUUUGAUCCGGGUGAGUUAUAG